UUCUGUUUUGAGACUCAAUUCUAUCUCUCAGUUGGUGAAGUAGCCUUUAACGAUCGACGACAUUGCCGCCAUGUCCGAUCUUCAAGUUGAUCACACUCCCCGGAGGAAAAGGGGAAGGCCGCGGAAGGUGAAGCUGAAUGAAGAAGGCUUGGCUAAGAUCAAGCGGAUUCUGCUCCCUGAGGAAGGCAGCAGCGUUCAACCCAAUUCUCGAGGCUACAAGCGGAAAAGAGCGGUGAUAGACGAUUUCUAUGUCAAUGCUGAGGUGAUGAAUGCUGUAAUGAACAAGGCAGAGGAGAUCAAAGCUAAUCUUCCUGAGGAUCAUCCUACUUUGACGAAGACUAUGCUUCCUUCCCACGUCUCCAAUGGGUUUUGGCUGGGCCUUUCGAAGGAGUUCUGCGACGAGCAUAUGCCGAUUGUGGACCGGAGAGUCGAGCUGGAAGACGAGAGCGGGAGAGUUUGGGCCGCGAAGUAUCUCGCCCUUAAGCAAGGGCUCAGUGGUGGAUGGAGAGCCUUCUCCAUUGCUCACAAGUUGGUGAAAGGAGACGUCGUGGUUUUUCAAUUGAUUAGGAGAAUCAAGUUCAAGGUCUACAUUGUGAGGUCGAAUGCCUCGAUCGAAGCUGAUUCUGAUGGCGAUUUUGGUACGCCGAACUCGGAUACUACGAAGUCCGGUAAGACGAGUUGCCCUGAGGAGGCAGGACAGAACUCGGAGUCGCAGCCACCAGAAGAAUCUGCUCCGAAUAGGGGCGCUAGGGGCUCGAUGUUGCGUGACAAUGAUGAUGAUGGUGAUGAUGGGACCGAGGAGACAUCGGACCUGAUCGACAAGCUCCGCGGCAUCGCUCUCGAUUUCGAGCAAGUGGGAAGCUUCGAGUCCUUUGGCAUCGUGGCGAACGGUUCGAUCAUCAACAACGAGCUGCCCAGGCGACUCGGGGUGAAGUACUACGAGCUGUGCCGCAGCAGGAACUCGUUCCUGCACCAGCACGUCCUCGAGGGGCUCAACGACAAGCUCGUAGCAGGCAUGAUCGCCGAGACAGUGCACAUUGCCGACGCGAUCAGGGGUUUCGAGCUCGACGAAGGAGAAGAUCGAUUGGAGAGCUGGGGGAGCAGAUUGGAGGCAUUCGCGAAGCUGGGGAUGGAUGUCGGAUUCCUGCUGUCCCGGUUGAAGCAGCUCGCGGGGCUCGCUGACAAGGCGGACAAGUACAGGAAGCUGAGAGCAGAAAGAGGUGAUGUGGAGGAGAGGGUGAAGGUUCUGGAGGCAGAGCUUGGAGAAGCUAGAGGGAAGAUGGAAGAGCUGGAGCUUGAGAUUGAAGGUUUGGGGAUUGAUGGGGAUGGCGUUGAGGAUGCAGUCAGGGAGAUGGCAAGUGCUGCUUGGUCAUAAGGGUUUAGGGUUUUGUUUGUUACGUUGUGGUAAUGGUGGCUUCAAAGCAAAGUGUAUGGUGGUAAUGCUUAGAAGUUAAAAGUUAAAACAGUUUUAACCAAAAAAAAUAAGAAGUUAGAACAGUAUGUAAAUGGUGGCUGUGUAUAAAAGUAGCUAGGAGGUGACAAUCCCUCCAUGUUUGUGCUCUUUCGUGGAGCUUUUUCUUCCUUUUAAUGAAUAAGAAGUCUGUGUUUUUAAGUUGAACCCUGUUCUUUGAGUUCAUCCAUAGAGUUUGCAUUCAUGUUAACUAGAACCAACACCCGCGGCUACGCCGCGGGAAGCAAAUUUGCAUCAAGGAAGAAGGUACGAACAUGAUUUGUUAUAGUUUUUUUGGAGCAGCAAAAUGGUUGUUUCUGUAUGCACAAUUGAUAGGAGAACAACACACUGAUUCAAUACUAUUGAUAGACAAAUCAAAAGAACAUGCAGUUGAAACUUGAAAGAAGCCCUGAACCACAGCUGGCCUCCAAACUCUGGCAAAAUAUAGUUGGUGUCCUUGCAUAGAGCUCGUCACAGUGCAGCAAAAGAGUAGGAAGUACUAUUACAGGAGGCAAUUAAUGUGCAGGAAAAAUUGCUACGAUUAAGGCAAUUAGUGGACUUCUUUUGAUGGGCCUGCUGCAGUCCGGACCAAGUAAUGAGCAUGUUGAGGAAAGAGUGGGUCGUAAACAUGAAGUACAAAAUAAAAUGUUUUAUCUAAUUUGGCUUAUGGUGUGGUUUAGAGGGAAACAUAAUGCGAUUGAAGAUAGAGGGAAGUAAAUAUUCUUGAAGAAGACAGUGGGGAGGUAGAAAUGUUGUUUUUCCUGGUAUGCUGUACCCUGGCAGUGUACGAAGCACGAAGACGGUCAAAGCCACGGUCUAACCAAACACCGAAUACAUUUGUUGAAUGCACAUGAUUUUACAGGCAAAUGUAAAUACAUCAGUUGCAAAGGACAGCUCAAAAUGGGAAGAACAGCUAGACAUAAGCAUUCAUCUCUAUUCUAGAUAUCAUAUGCAGAAAAGCUCUAUCACCAAGGCGGUUAGUAAAUGCACACCAUUUGC